GCGCUGGAGGAGCGUCGUCCCAUUCAGCGAUCGCGAGCAAUGCGAUUUGGAACUGCAAUCGGAUCGAAUCUCAAUCGCAGUUCCGUUGAUAACACUCAACUCAGUCAGGUCUCAAGUGUCGUGUGUGAAGGAAUCUAAACUUGACAUCUGAAUUUAAAAAAAAUACUUUCAAAGAAAACCAUAAAGUUUGCAAGAAACAAAGUGACAAAAAAAGACAAAAUGCAGUUACUAAAUUUAGUGUGCCUCAAGCAAAAGGUGGCACACAUCGCCAACAACAACAACCAGAACCAAAGCAAAGAAUCCCACGAAAGAGAUCCGAAGGAUACAGGAAUCUUUGGUUGCUUUGCCAAGAAGGAAGAGCAGCUGAAUAACCCCACAAAAAGUCAGUCAGAAGAACCCAGACAGAGUUCCAAUUCGGGCAGCUAUAAAGUGCAGCAAAAGGAGCAAGAGCAACAGAGGGAAACCGAGAACGAGCAUCCAUCCGUGUAUCGCCAACAGGACGAGGAGUUCCAUCCGAUUAAAAAGGAGGAUCCCCAGAAAACCCCACCAAUAUCAAAGCAGCCUCGUCCGCGAAGCACACCCAGAUCGCAAAGUCAGCCGGCGAUAAACAACCGACGACGUCCAGGUACCCCGCCACCACACACAACAGCCGCUGGAAACGGAAAAGGAAGCAGGAGCAUGACCUCCAUACCCGCCAAUCUCUCCAGCAACAACGUGGCUGGAGCAGCAACCCUACCAGGAGCUGCGGCACCGCCAGAGAAACAGCCAUGGCCCAACUCCAAGGACGAUUACGAGCUGAGGGACGUGAUUGGCGUGGGAGCCACAGCCGUUGUACAUGGCGCCUACUGUAUUCCAAGGAACGAGAAGUGCGCCAUUAAGCGCAUCAACCUGGAGAAGUGGAACACGUCGAUGGACGAGCUGCUCAAGGAGAUUCAGGCCAUGUCCUCGUGUUUCCAUGAGAACGUGGUCACCUAUCACACCUCGUUUGUGGUGAGGGAAGAGCUCUGGUUGGUCCUGAGACUCCUGGAAGGUGGUUCUCUACUGGACAUAAUCAAGCACAAAAUGAGGACGGCCAACUGCAAACAGGGCGUGUUCGAUGAAGCCACCAUUGCCACGGUACUCAAGGAGGUCCUCAAGGGUCUGGAGUACUUCCACUCCAAUGGACAGAUUCACCGAGAUAUCAAGGCGGGAAAUAUUCUGAUUGGCGACGAUGGCACCAUCCAAAUAGCUGAUUUCGGUGUGAGUGCUUGGCUGGCCACCGGCAGGGAUUUGUCCAGGCAAAAGGUGCGCCACACCUUUGUGGGCACACCCUGUUGGAUGGCGCCCGAGGUGAUGGAGCAGGAUCAUGGUUACGACUUCAAGGCGGACAUUUGGUCCUUUGGAAUAACAGCCAUUGAAAUGGCCACGGGUACGGCUCCCUAUCACAAAUACCCACCCAUGAAGGUGCUAAUGCUGACCCUGCAGAACGAUCCGCCCACCUUGGACACAGGUGCGGAUGACAAGGAUCAGUACAAGGCCUAUGGCAAGACAUUCCGCAAGAUGAUCGUCGAGUGCUUGCAAAAGGAGCCAUCGAAAAGGCCGACGGCCAGUGAGCUGCUGAAGCACGCCUUCUUCAAGAAGGCCAAGGAUCGCAAGUAUCUCACCCAGACGUUGCUGCAAUCCGGUCCCAGCAUGGAGACCAGGGUGCACAAGGCCGCGAAAAGACAGCCAGGUGCUUCGGGUCGUUUGCAUCGCACGGUUACCGGUGAAUGGGUUUGGUCCAGCGAGGAGGAGGACAACGGAGGCUCUGCCUCCGGUUCCGGUUCGGGAGGUGGCAGGAAACAUCCCUCUUCGGACUCCGACUCCGAAGACAGACCCAUGAAUCGAUUGGAGCGAGCCGAUUCCUCGGACAGCGACAGGGAAGAACCGUCUCCGGAAGUAACGCAUAGCGUUUCCUCGGCCACAGUGACGCCUGCGGCUCCAGCUGGCGCAGCUGCCACCCAAGAGGUAACAGCUGGCCUGGCUCAACUACCAUUACCCAGCGAAGCCGCUGGCGAGGCACCACCCGUCAAUCUUGUCCUGCGCAUGCGCAACUUGCGACGCGAACUGCACGACAUUCGCUUCGAGUUCGUGGUGGGCAAGGAUACAGCCGAGGGCAUUGCCACGGAACUGGUGGAUGCCGGCCUCGUCGAUGCCCUGGACACCCAACCGAUGGCCCAGCACUUGGACCAACUGAUAGCUGCCAGUGCCACGAUGAAAACGAUUACUUUCCAACUGAGCUCCGGCGUUCAGCCGGGCGAAGUGCCCGAUGAACGAUCGCUUGUGGGCUAUGCGCAGAUCUCCAUCACGGACUAGUGAUCUGCCGCGGAUGAGGAGCACGGAUCAUAGCCAACAAAACCCAUCACAAGAGCAUCCCAAGCACCAUCCCUGAAACAAAAAUAAAAAAACCAAGCCAGUCUGAUGAUACGUAAGGCCAGAAGGGUUCGGGAUCUGGAUUCCCCAACUGGAGUGCCGUUGCCGUUUGCUGCUUUUAGCACUAGACUAGAACUAACUGUAUAUGCUAGUGAUAGAUCUUAACGCGAGCCGAUCGUUUACUAUAUAGAGAAACUAUCUAUACACACAUAUAAAUGUUUAAUGGGGAGGGUCGAUUUUGGCUGACAAAGGUGGAGUGUUAAAACUUACGGUCUAUUCAAUCGUUCUCUAAGUUUUAGGCCCCGAAAAUUUGGAAUUCUCGUUUUUCAUACCAUUUUUUAAUUUAUUUAUCUUGCAAGAAGAGUCGACCCGCCCAAGCGUUUUAUAUAUGCCUUACCUACUAUGUAAAUCCUAUGCGCAUUGUAAUUACUCCAUGUGCCCCGCCCCAGUCCCACUAUUUCCCGCCCUUUUUUCCCCGCCCUGCUAAAGUAGCUAAAGUAAUUGAAGAAUCGUGUACUUAUUCGUUUUCGUUUCGUUCGUCCUUAAGUAGCUCUGUACAUACACCACACGUAUAUAUCUAUAUAUAGCUCUUGUUUUUAAUUAGCCCACUGAAAUCAGUAGAUCCUGAUGUAGUCCUGCCUCUAUCUAUAUCAUUUACAACAAUCGCUACCCAGCCAGGCGCCUCUAAUUUAUUCUCUAGCAAUCUAAACUACUAAUUUGUAAAGCCUAGCGCCUAAGUUUUGUUUUUGUUUUACUGUAUUUUAUAUUUUACCUUAUUUUAAUUUACCACUCUACUCUGUAUACCUACUGUAUGAGUUUUUUGGAUAAGAUCGCAAAGGAUUUAAACUUUAAGUGAGGCCAGAGGAAGAUAAUAAGAGAGAACAGGAGCUCUGUAACUACCUUGAAGUAAAUCGUAAAUCAAUUACUUUAAAACAAUGAAUAUUAUUAAACAUCAUAAAGUAAAAGAAAGAAAAUCAUAAAAAAAAUAUGAAACGAAAAAAGGAA